AUGAAAUUAAAGUCAAGUCUGUAUUCAAUUGAAUGCCUUUCGAGACACCAAUCGAUUCGUUGCUAUCGUUUCGGAAGUCGUGUCAAAAAAGAGGGCUUUUAUUAUCCAAAUGAAUACCAAAUGAACGACAAGUUUAUGGCUAAUGACCACAAAAUGAGUGCUCAAGAGUUGAGACUCAAGAGGAAUAAGUUGUUCGACAAUGAGCUGAAACGACAGUCAGAGUUAGUGACGAGGAUUGAGAAGAUCACUGUAUCGGUGGUGAACCCAUUCGGCGCUGAAGACAUUCAAACCAUUGAUCUCAUGAUGAAUCGGUUCCUAUCGACGCCUCGACACUGCGGUCAACACAUCCAUCAACUCAUUACCGAGAGAUCUGUUGUGGCGCUCAUCGACGGCAAGACUUUUUGGGACAUUAAUAGACCGCUCGUCAGUGACUGUAGUCUUCAAUUCAAGCACUUUAAAGAAGCGAAUCCUCAUUUCGUGAACAAGACUUUCUGGAGAAGUUGUUCACUAAUGUUGGGAUCAGUCAUCGAGAAGGCCUUCAAAGACAACAUUGAAGUGAAACUUCAUUCGUGGCCUAAACCUGACAUAAACUCCGGAAGUUUUGUUUAUGACGUUUGCGUGGAUUUGAAAGAUUGGGUCCCAAGAAGUGAAGAGUUGAGAGUUUUGACAGCAAUGCUCCAGAAGAUGACAUUAGAAGACAUACCUUUCGAACGGUUGGAUGCGAACAAAGAGUUGGCGAAACAGAUGUUUGAACACAACUCCAUUAAAAGAGAACAAAUCGAUUCGAUCGCUAAGACUAAUGGUUCCGAUUCGGUGACACUCUAUCGCGUCAAAGACCACAUCGAC